AAAGAAUGGCACCAACUCGGGAGGGGUUGUGGUUCAGUGUUUGAUACAUAAUAUAUUUUUUUAUAAUUUUUCCCAUCAAUUUCGUUCGAUACGUGACUUGUUUGUGUGACUCGGUAGCUCUCCAGUUCGCUUCUUAGUCGCAGUGAGAUGUUCCCCGUGACUCGUACAAAGUGUCUAGGCAAUGCUUGAAGUUUGAUCUGGGAUUCCAACGUGCAAGCGCUUAGUUCAACGAUCUCAACAUUAAAUAGUGAGUUUGUGGUUUUGUGUUCCGUGGCGUGUCCAAGUGAUUACCUCCAGAAAUGAAAAUGGCCGUUAAUUCAGUGACUAUGAAUGAUCCUUCCGACUCCAACAAUAACAGUCUAGCGGUGAGCGGUGCUAGCGCCACUACGGUUAGCAUCAGCACCAGUGUUCCUUCGGGUUCAAGUGGAAAUUCCGAAGUAGAUUUGCAGAAGAUGGAAGGCAGAGACUCGCAAGACAACACGUCCAGAAACGAAUCGGGAUCACCUGAACAUCCGUCGCAUCCACCACAAGCUCAUACUCCCCAAGCUGCGCAGCAACAUCAUCAUCAUCCGCAGCAGCAUCAGCAAGCGCAACUACAAGAGACUGAAGUCCAGGAGCUAAUUGUACCUACCGAGAUGACUAUCAACGAUGAGCAGUCUCCAGCACUUCACACGGCGGUGAUUAUCAAUCAGCACAAACAUCGCAUGAUAACCACCAGUGGAGAAAUUGCUGAAGCACAUGAAGUGCAUCCGGAUCCUAGUGACUAUGAAACCGUUGAAUACCAUCAAGCUGUGACAACCGUGUCGGCAGCUCCUGGACAUGCAUUCACCUACGAACAGUCUCCAACAAGCCAAAGUAAUAGUGUGGCAGCCUCAUCGCCAGCUCCUCAAUUCGUAAAACGCGAAUCAAGCAUAGAAAAGGAAAGACUAGUCAGUUCUGAGCCAAAUGCACAAAUUCCAGUACAACAAACGGUUUACAUCGAGUACAAAAAUGAAGUUGAUGAACCAGUUCGUUAUGGAGCAGCACCACUUGUGCGUUAUGAAGACUUGAAGUACCAUCCACGCUACGUUCACUAUCAGCAAACUCAUCCAGCAAGUUUACCGCCACUACCUCAACAUGCACAUCAUCCUCAUCAUCCAUCGCACCACCCGGCACAUGUUCAAUCAGUUCAGCAUCAUCAACAACAGCAUCCGCCUCAACAGGAAGUAGAUCCUUCGAUUAAAUCCGAGCAACUGGAACAUCAUCAUCAUCCACAACAGCACCAUCAUCAAAAUCAGCAUCAGCAGCAACAACAACCGCAACCACAACAACACCCUCACGCACAAAUGCACCAGCAGCAUCAAUCAGCGAUCCAUUCACAACAACAUCAGCACCAUCCACACACCAUUCAGAUCUAUGAGGCUCAGGAAGCAGCCCAACAGUCUGAAGUACAACCACCAUCCGAAGCAACCACUAGCGAGGUUAAGACACACUACACCAAUUUGGAACCGGUUCACACCAUACCCUCCCCGCAGAACUACUACAUCGCAUCUGAAGGCUAUCAGACGACAAGUGGCUAUCCGUACGUCUCCUCCAAGGAUACACUGUACUACCACGCCGCAAGUCCAAAUCCAGUUCUGUACAAAAGCAGUGACCCUACGCUUACAUCAUCUUCCAUCAUAGCGGCAAAGCAGAUCCACUACAGUUCGCAAAAUUUGUAUGAAAGUGCGCCAGCACACAACUCUGCCUCGCCGGGAGCACAGCAAAUAUAUCCGUAUUGGAAUGGAAAUCUAGACUACGGAUCUACUUUCAGCAAUGCCGUUGUCUUGGACCAAACAUCAUCGGCACCUGCCGAGUACGUGAACAACGGACAAUCGUGGCAAAUUAGUGGCAUAUCGGAGGCAUACGAAGCGUCCAAUAUGCUCUCCUCAGAGCCUCGGGAAUGUGUAAACUGCGGAAGCUCGGAUACGCCGCUGUGGCGAAGGGAUAACGUAGGCCAUACGCUCUGCAACGCUUGCGCUUUGUACAACCGACAGAAUCCUGGAACCAACAGACCUCCCAACAGAAGUCACAAAGCGAAACAACCUCCGUCUCGUAAUAAACAGAAAACACCAGUGCCCGGGAACCGGCGGACGGGUGUAGUUUGUGCGAACUGUUCAACGACCACUACGACGCUGUGGCGUCGGAACAACCGAGGGGAACCCGUGUGUAAUGCAUGCGGGCUGUACCACAAACUGCACAACGUCGACCGGCCGUUGACGAUGAAGAAGGAUGGCAUCCAGACGCGCAAGCGGAAGCCCAAGUCUAGUCAACCGAUUCCGCCGAUAAAUGGACUCGGUAGCGAAAAACUCCUCCCCUCGAUGAUACAAUCGCAAAUACAUCCCGCCGGUCCCGGCGGGCCUCAAAAGCUGCUGAUGCCACCGCACGGCCACAUGACCGUGGUUUCGUCUCCAGCGAUGGAGAUUCACACCUCCCAUGCCAUCACCUCAUCGGCCAGUGGUUCCACACAAGACCAAAGAUUCGUCGACAGCACCUCCAGCGCCGCCGCCACCGCCAACAGUAUGCCACCCCACCUGUCGAACAGCAACAACCUGUCCCGGCAUGUGCCUACGAGUGUACCAUCGAUCGAUACUAGUCGAGCACCGAAUGGAGAAUUAACCAGUGUCAUCACAAGCACUGCGGUAGCGGAGAGGGCCAGUAACUGAAAUAAAGAGACGUAGUUCUACAUCAAAAUUCCUUCGAAAAUUAAGUGUAUGUUGUUAAAGCCAAAAAUCUAGUUGGUAAGCUCUGGGAUAGUAGUGAUGUAGAUUGUCGUAGAGUAUCUUGUUCGAAAGCUGUAAAUAUAUUGUGAAAGUGUUUGUGAUGUGCAAAAUAAAUAAGUAUUUGAUUGUAAGAAA